AUGAGUUCUAAAGAAAUCCAAAAAUCACCGUCGUUGGACAUCAAUGAAGAAAAAUUGUCACAGUUGGAUAUUAAUGAAGAAAAAUCGGAACCGUUUGAUAUCAAUGCGCCAGUUAUACUCUUAGUCGGAAAAACAGGUGCCGGUAAGAGUACUUUGGGAAAUCAUUUGUUGAGAAUCUCUCAAGAUGAAAAUUGCGCCUUUGAGGUCUCAGAAGAUUUUGAAUCGACCACCAACAAAUCUAGCUCCGCGGUUUACAAAAUUGGUAACGAAACGUACAACAUUAUCGAUACACCUGGAAUUUUUGAUACAAAAAAGCCAAAUGAAGAAGUCCUGGAAGAAAUUGCGCGUACCGUACAAAAAUGUGCUUAUGGAAUCAAGGCCAUAUUAUUUGUUUUUGAAGCUAAAAGGUUAACAGAUGAACAAAAAAACGUGAUUGACGGUAUUUCGACGUUUUUCGGGAAAGAGGCCUUUCUAUUCAUGAUUUCUGUCUUUUCAAAUUGCAACAAAAAAAAUACAAAUGACCCGAAAAUUUUUGAAAAGUCUUGGAACGAUAAAGUUCGCAUGCUCGUCAAUAGCAUGGGUAAUCGGUGGGCCAUUUCUCCGAAUCCAGAUAUCUUUCCACCUGGUACUCGAUUGCAUGAAAAAUGUCUACAAAAUUUAGAAAAUAUUAUAUGUUCUCUAAGUGGAGUAUAUACAAAUGAAUUACUUGAAAAGACACGAAAGGAGCAAGAAGAACUUGCGCGAAUUGCAAGGGAAGAACAAGAAAGGAGACAGAGUGAAUAUGAUGAAAUUAAAAGAAAAGAGGGUAAAGCCAGAGCAGAAGCAGAAUACUUGAAAAGGAAGACUGAAGAUGAUGAUAGAGCACGUAUUGCAAAUGAUAAAAACAUAAAAGAACUUAAAGAUACCAUAUAUAAAAAAAUUGAUGAUCUUGAAAAAAGUGUAAGUGACCUUCGACGAGAAAAUGAUGAACUUCGGCAAAAACUUAAUCAAGGAGGUUGUUUUUGGCUUGAAACCCGAGUUAAGCUUGAAUCAGGAAGAAUCAUCCGAAUGUCAGAGCUUCAAGUAGGAGAUCGAGUGUUGUCAAACAUUAGAAAUGGUAUUGAAGAGUUUUCGGAUGUUUACCUUAUCGCUCACAUUGGUAAACUCGAUCAUGAGGAAAAAUUUACCAAAAUUUGCUUCACCAAACCAAAUGGCUCUAAAGGUCAAUUACGACUCACAACCACUCACUAUGUAUUCAAUGAAAAUUUAUCUAUAAUUUUUGCCAAAGAUUUGUAUCCAGGAAAAUCCAAGAUUUUGGUUUCUGAUUGUAAAAAUAAGUUCAUUCCAGUUGUUGUAGAUGAUAUAACAAAUGAAUGGCACGAUGAAUACAUUAGCUUUUACACCCGGGCAGGCUCAGUUGUCGCCGAAGGCGUAUUAAGUUCUUGCUACGACGAUUGCCCGCCAUCUCAGUCGCUUAUGGAUCUUGUUUUUUUGCCAAUUCGUUGGUGGACCCGUUUCAAACCAAGCACGCAUCGCGAAAAUUAUCUUCAUCCUUAUGUUCAGUUCUUGGAAACGACAUAUUUUUCUUUUAUCAAUUUAUUCAUGCAAUAA